GGAUUGGUUUGUAUGUAACUAAUGCCAUUCCUGAGAAUAACAGUGGUCGAACUGAUGGAAGCACAGUCUUCUCGGAUUUUUCUAGAGACCUUGAGAACGAGUUAUUACAGAGAUUCUUCUUCCAAAGAGGAUUCGAGAACUAUGGACUGGGUCGCAGAGAGGAGAAGAGAACACGGGGAAAAGAGUCAAGAAAAGACUGUAGGUUGUCGUCACUAUGAGAGUGAUCAAUCGAGACAACCCACUCGAUCGGUCAGGAGAAGCUUUCAAUUGCCCUGUGGUCCAUCCUCUUCUCCAUGGAUGGGGAUCCACACUCGCGUGGACUUGGCAGCACGCUCGCGCGAUUUAAACACCAUUUUUUCCCCGGCAUUGACGAUCAUCGCAGCGGAGAUCAUGGCGAGCUCCAGUCCCCUGUUUUUCAAGAGGAUUUGCUUGAGGAGCCAGGCGACGAGGAAGGCGAUCAACAAACUCAAGAUCACGGUGGUGUGCGGGGUCCUGACGAUCCUGGUGCUGCGAGGAUCGAUCGGAGCGGGCGAAUUCGGCACGCCUCAGAAGGAUUUCCACGAAAUCCAGAGGCGCGUUCUCCGCGGUUUGGAUCACUCUAGUCGAGCAAUUCGCGGUGAUCAAUCGAUCAUUCCGUCGCUCCCUGGUGUGGAUCACUCUAUAAUAGCUUCCCAAUCGAUCGAGGCAAAGAUCGAGCAGCAUCCUUACAGAUUGGGUCCAAAGAUCAGCGACUGGGACGAGCAGAGGUCCAAAUCGAUCCAAUCGCGGCCCACAAAGCUCCUCAUGGUCACUGGAUCGCAGCCCAAUCCCUGCGACAACCCCACCGGCGACAAUUUCCUGCUGCGAUCGCUCAAGAACAAGAUGGACUACGCACGGCUCCACGAAAUCGAGGUGUUCUACAACACCGCCACCAUGGACGACCAGCUCACGGGGUUUUGGGCCAAGCUGCCGGUUCUCCGCCGUCUGAUGCUCGCGCGCCCGGAGAUCGAAUGGCUGUGGUGGCUCGACAGCGAUGCCGUCGUCACAGACAUGGCCUUCGAGAUACCCCUGGCCAAGUACGCUGGCCACAAUCUUGUGCUGCACGGAUGGGCCUCUGAGGUGUACGUCACGGGCAGCUGGUUGGGCCUAAACACGGGCAGCUUUUUCAUCCGGAAUUGCCAGUGGUCGCUCGACCUUCUGAACGCUUGGGCGCCAAUGGGGCCAAAAGGGACGGUCAGGAUCAAGGCCGGUGAAAUUCUGUCCCAGAAUCUCCGGAAUCGUCCGGUCUUUGAGGCCGACGAUCAGUCCGCCCUCGUCUUUCUGCUCCGGAAUAACCAGCAGAUGUGGGGAGAGCGCGUGUUCUUGGAGAACUCGUAUUACUUGCAUGGCUACUGGGUGGCGCUGGUGGAUCGAUACGAGGAGAUCAUGGAGAAGAACCAGCCCGGGCCUGGAGACGAGCGCUGGCCCUUUGUGACGCAUUUUGUGGGAUGCAAGCCGUGCGGGAAGGAUCCGGCGUACCCCGAAGAGAAAUGCCGGGUGGGAAUGGAGAGAGCUCUAAACUUCGGUGAUAAUCAGGUGCUCGCGAGGUAUGGGCUCCGUCACAAACAUCUCGGGACAACGGAGACGGUCAAUCUCGAUAGUUCCUGAUACAAAAAUCUAAGUUUUAAGGGUUCUAAGGGCAAAUCAUCCAUGGACAAGGGCACUGCACGAGCCACAGGCAUGAUUUGCGCCAUGCUACACGAGGUAAGAGAGCAAGAUCCAUCGCUGCAAAAGGAUGUUGGAGAUCAUCUCUCACUGCCGGAGCCAAACGCCCAAGAUCAGACUGGAGACAAUCAAAGUGCGAUUGGAAAGGAGGCGCUGGUAAUCUGGGCUUUGGACAAGGCUAUGCCUGCGUGGAAAUCGAGCUUGCCUCUGGAUGUCUAUACGAGAGUCUGGCUUGGGUUAAGGUGGUUCCUUGGGAUGCAUAGGCACAAGCAAGCUGUGACAACCCUUCUCAAGCAUCACUAUUAAAAUUCCAUCUGAUCAUUUCGCUCUCA